CACAGACAGAAUGAUUCAAAUAACAGCGAUAAGAAGCCUGCUUUGUCAGUGGCCCAAUCCUCAGCUGACACUUAUUUCCCUCGUGCUAAUAAUUUAUCCCACUGUUCACAAGCAGGCAGACGGGGAUUUCCUUUCUUUCUUGCUUGAGGCGAAGAAAAACAAAAUGCAAUUUCCAUCUCAGUGUAAUAAAUAAGAAAAAAAUCGGCAUCUCCAUCACAUUUAAAAUCACACAAACCCUAUCACCUUAUAUAAAAUAUGAAUUUAACAGAUAUGCUGCAUGUGUACACAACAAGUGGUAAAGUAGAGAACCGGGUCAUUAUUCGGAUCCCUCUCACCUUCAUAAAAUACUUCUUGGACAUAGUUGACAAGUAUGCGUAACGACGCGUGCCUCUAGUGGCACCGUGCAAGGAGGGUCGUCAGACGCACGCAGAUGCACGGCUUUCUGCACUGCCUUUCCAUCCAGCACAAACUACAAGCUUUUUUUAACGCACACUGUGUAACAAAGAGCCUUUUUGAACACAUUUGGACCUUCUUCAAUAACCAGCCUCGUGCCAUCACCGUGCGCAACUGGAGGGGAGCGUCGCGGAGCGGAGCGGCUUCCCCACCUUCACAAAGUACCUCUGUGUUAUAUGAACUGUUUCACGACUGGGAUUGAGCGGACUGGAGUGAUUAAACUGCAGAAAGCCUUUUUUGAAUGUGUGAAGUGCGCUGAUAUCCCUGAGCACUCAUCGCGUGACGCUUUUCUGUGUUUGUGUUUCGGGGCGACAGGAUCGUUCGAGGCGACCCAAAGUUCCGCAGGCGCAGUUCUCCUCCUCCACAGCGGUGCGGGAGUCCGGCUCGGCUGUUGCCGUGGCACUUGCCAGUAGACAGAUAGCAUCGGCGGUAGGAGGGGAUACAGAGACUCCUGCAGGCUAAUUGUAGCAGCCUGCGUUCGCAGGUGUAUCACUGAUCCGCCUGUGAGGGACUGGGGGGCUUCAUCCUGAUCGAGCCGCUCUCAGACUUGUGAGUAACAGGAAGAAUAAAAAAACCUGAGAGAAUGUUGCACCAAGUACAAUGAGCGCAAAUUUGUCGCAGACACCCAAAUCCAUAUAUGCUCCGUCGAAUUCAGUUUUGAUGAGCAAUUCUGAGUCGUCUUUGGAAUUUUAAAAAGUGGAUCCCGCGACUUUACAACAAUGCGAAAUACUUGGCUGUCUCCCCGGAGUGCGAUUUGGGAAUACUGGACAUCGCUGAUUGCAUGUCUCUUUUGGAUUCACUACUCUAACGGGAUGCCUCAUGUUAUUCGAAUAGGUGGGAUUUUCGAACAAACAGAUGGACCUGUUUCACUUGUUAGCGCAGAGGAGCUUGCCUUUAAAUUUGCUGUCAAUAACAUUAACAGAAACAGGACUUUGUUGCCAAACACAACACUCACAUAUGACAUACAGAGGAUUAAUAUCUACGACAGUUUUGAGGCAUCAAGAAAAGCUUGUGACCAGCUGUCUUUAGGUGUGGUUGCAAUAUUUGGGCCCUCGCAUAGCUCGUCAUCAAAUGCUGUGCAGUCCAUUUGCAAUGCACUGGAAGUGCCGCAUAUCCAGGUGCGGUGGAAACAUCAUCCCAUGGACAACAGGGACACCUUUUAUGCCAAUUUAUACCCGGAUUACUCUUCGCUAAGCUAUGCUAUCCUGGACCUGGUGCAGUUUCUCAAAUGGAAAACAGCCACUGUUGUGUACGAUGACAGCACAGGUCUUAUAAGACUACAGGAGCUGAUAAUGGCCCCGUCCAGGUACAACAUUAGGCUAAAGAUCCGUCAGCUUCCUCUCGACACGCAGGACACGAGACCCCUUCUCAAAGAAAUGAAACGAAGCCGAGAGUUUCGCAUCAUCUUCGACUGCAGUCACCACAUGGCUGCGCAGAUUCUCAAACAGGCCCAGACCAUGGGGAUGAUGACAGAGUAUUACCACUAUAUCUUCACCACUCUGGACCUGAUGGCCAUUGACCUGGAGCCGUAUCGCUUCUGCGGUGUCAACAUGACCGGCUUCCGUAUCCUUAACGUGGAUAAUCCCCAGGUUGCAUCCAUUGUGGAGAAAUGGUCGAUGGAAAGGCAGAUACCGCCGAAACCCGACUCGGGCCUGCUGGAGGGCAUCAUGACGACAGAUGCGGCUCUGACCUAUGAUGCAGUCCACAUUGUGUCCGUCUCGUACCAGCACGCUCCGCAGAUGACGGUAAACUCGCUGCAGUGCCACCGCCACAAACCCUGGAGAUUCGGAGGGCGCUUCAUGAGCUUCAUCAAAGAGUCCCACUGGGAUGGUUUGACGGGGAGGCUGUCGUUCAACAAGACAAGCGGUCUACGCACAGACUUCGACCUGGACAUCAUCAGUCUGAAGGAGGACGGACUCGAAAAGGUGGGGAAGUGGAGUGCGUCGGGAGGUCUUAACAUCACAGAAGUGCCGAAGCGAAAAGGGAUGAACAUCACUGACUCCCUGGCUAACCGCUCCCUCGUCGUCACCACCAUCCUGGAGGAGCCAUACGUCAUGCUUAAGAAGUCUGACAAGGCGCUGGUUGGGAACGACCGUUUCGAAGGAUUCUGCAUCGACUUGCUCAAAGAGCUGGCCAGCGUCCUGGGCUUCACGUACGAGAUCCGCCUGGUGCCUGAUGGGAGAUACGGCUCUCAGGAUGACAAGGGCCAGUGGAACGGCAUGAUCAGGGAACUUAUAGAGCAUAGGGCAGACCUGGCAGUGGCUCCUCUCACCAUCACAUACAUGCGUGAAAAGGUCAUCGACUUCACCAAGCCCUUCAUGAGCAUGGGCAUCAGCAUCCUGUAUCGCAAACCCAACGCCACCAACAACGGCUUCUUCUCCUUCCUGAACCCCAUGACUCCUGACAUCUGGGUCUACAUCCUCUUGGCCUACCUGGGUGUUAGCUGCGUCCUGUUUGUCAUUGCCAGGUUCAGCCCGUACGAAUGGUACGACGCUCAUCCUUGUAACCCCGGAUCAGACGUGGUGGAGAACAAUUUCACCCUCCUCAACAGCUUCUGGUUUGGAGUCGGUUCCUUAAUGCAACAAGGCUCAGAACUGAUGCCCAAAGCGCUGUCGACGAGGAUCAUCGGUGGGAUCUGGUGGUUCUUCACGCUGAUCAUCAUAUCAUCCUACACAGCUAAUUUAGCAGCUUUCCUCACUGUGGAGAGGAUGGACUCGCCUGUGGACUCAGCCGAUGACAUCGCUAAGCAGACCAAGAUUGAGUAUGGUGUGGUCAAAGACGGUGCAACCAUGACUUUCUUUAAGAAAUCUAAGGUUUCUACUUUUGAGAAGAUGUGGGCCUUUAUGAGCAGCAAGCCGAGCACAUCACUGGUGAAGUCUAUCGAGGAUGGGAUUCAGAGGGUGCUGAAGUCAGACUAUGCCCUCAUUAUGGAGUCCACAACUAUCGAUUACAUUACUAGGAGGAACUGUAACCUGACACAGGUGGGAGGGAUCAUCGACAGCAAAGGCUACGGCAUCGGCACUCCCCUCGGCUCCCCGUACAGGGACAAAAUCAGCAUAGCAAUCCUAAGCAUCUUGGAGGAUGGGCGCCUACACAUGCUGAAGGAGAAGUGGUGGAGUGGGAGCAGCUGCUUGGAUGAAGAGCGUCACGAGACAGGCCCCAUGGGUAUCCAGAACCUGGGUGGUAUAUUCAUUGUGCUGGCAUCUGGCCUAGUGCUGUCUGUUUUUGUGGCGAUUGCUGAAUUCAUCUACAAGCUAAGGAAGACUGCAGAACGCGAGCAGAGGUCUUUGUGCAGUGCCAUGGUGGACGAGAUCAGACUGUCGUUCACCUGCGAGAGGCGGGUGAAACACAAGCCUCAGCCUCCAGUCAUGGUGAAGACGGAUGCAGUGAUCAACAUGCACGCCUACAACGACCGACGACUCCCAGGAAAGGACAACAUGAGCUGCAGCACUGGGAUGACUCCCGUGUUCCCGUGACAAUGUGCUCCCCCCAGGGCAAGAACCUCCUGAGCAACGUGUCGGGGGUGAUGCCAGAGACUAGAGACAAUGGCAUAGACGGGAUCACCAGAUUUACCAUUAACCACAGUGACAUGGGGACACUAACAAA